UGCGGCUUCGUGGGACUUUAUUCUGUGCACAGUGUACGUAGACGAGCGUCGCGCAGACGCAGAACGAGCGUGGUUCUGUUCGUCGGAUCAACUCGGACCUGUCCACUUUCGAAAUGGUGUUGUUGUGCAGGUUGCGCGUCACUGAGUUCAAGAGAUUUUGCGCGCCUCUUCGUACAGGCCGGGCGGACGGGUACAAAUGGCGGCAUCUGGUCGAGACAUUUCGUACUAAAUGUCCUGUUGAAAGAUAUAACCACAGAUGAGCGUAGCCGCGUAUACGGGAUUCAUUUCGGUUUUUACAUUCGUGAUAAAGUAUGCACAAGCCGGAUUACGAUGGUGCCGGUAUCCGUGCUUUGUCGUCAACGCGAAGUCUGUGAUUCCUAUUUUUUACGUCAAUUUAUUACCAAGGAUACACCAAAUGACCAGAGAACAUGUGACUAAACUUACUACCAUAUCCAAGACCUAAAAUAAUGUAAAUAUGGCAGAAGGUGGAACGGAACCAAAGUCCAAUGACAAUCAACUAUCUAAACUUCAGUUAGAAGUAAACGAGUGUCUUGGUAAUUGGCUAGUGUACUUACAGACGCUCAAUGGCCUAUGUACAGCCGGUACAAAGUUGGCUCAAUCGCUACAGAAUCUCUUGUCUGCUCACAAUACAUUGGCUCAAUGUAAACUACCGGGACAAUGCCUGGUUGGUUGGGAAGAACUCACAAGAGCCACUUAUAUAGCGAGCAACACAGUGAAGAAUCAUAUUAUUUCUGCCUUGAGGGAUCACGAAACUCGAGAGAACAAAGGAGAUAAACAUGACAUACUUAGAGAUAACUUAUUAACUUUCAUAAAUCUGCAAUAUCAGUUCUGCGUUGCUUGCUGCGAAUGCGUAGGUGGAAUGGUAGAAUGUUCUUGUUCGCAAAGCGGCACCACGGAAUGCGAUGUUGCGUCUCUUCAACAGUGUUUCGAAAGAUUAUAUAGUUCACCGCCGCCGGUGUCUUCGUCGUCGACGCAACAAUUGACGCAAAACUCUCAUAGAUCACCGUUACCAUAUCCUUUAUUUCCUCUGCAGGUUCAGAGGAGGUGGUCUGAAACAGCAGCUGCGGAAAUGUCUGGUGAAGCAUCGGAGAAUACGAUGCGAAGGUGGUCCAUGCCAUGGGAUUGUCGAAAUAUUACGGAUUGGCCUCGACAAGAUGUCAGGUUACGAUUAAGGAUUCCUCACCAAGACAGGAGUAGAUCCACUACGCCUGAUACGAUAUGGAAAACGUCUGCCAUGACUAGUCAGGAUGGCCUGCAGGAGGCAAUUCAAUUGUUAUCUUGCAAACCAGGAGUUAGACCAUUAAAUCAACUAACAGCUUACGCCAGUCAGCAUAUUCCGGGUGUUACUUUAACAACGUGCAAUUUCGAGUCAAGUUACGACUCAUCGAUUUGGCCAGGAUCUCGUAAAGUGGGUUCCUCGAGGUGCUGGCCAUACGAUUCCCACUCGAGCGACCACUCCGACCAGUCGGGUCGUCGCGAAAGUGACCAAAGUCCGCACAGUGGAGAGCACAGAGAUUCAGAACAAAGCGGAGCCAAUGGUAGUUACGCGGACAGCAAAGAUAGUAUUCUUUCGCAUAGCGACCAUAGAGAAGUCGAACUCGGUACCGUAGAUAUAUUACCGUCUCGCAAAAGCAGUUCUUCGACAGAUUCUUGCAUAUCAGCUCAUAGUCGUUCAGGUUCCGAGAGCGCUGGUGGUGGGGUAAUGCAUGGAAUCCGCGAGAUCUCAGUUGUACUCGAUGUGGAGCGGCAGUGAUUUGCCUUUCAUUAAAUUACCAGAAAGUAACGAAGCGCAGGACGAACACCCGCCUGUAUAAAUAUACGGUAUUUGGAGGCAAAUUUUAGGCUUUCUUUUGAACGCUAUCGUCUUUUAUCAGCGGGAACGAUUAAAAUCGUUUGGAAUUAUCAUAUUUAUAAGCGUGUUACAGUGACGCGCGAUAUUAGCGCGUAUAUGAAUUAAUGUAUACGAUCGUUGAGAAGACGCGUAAAACGCGUCAUCUAACGAUCAAUAUAACAAAGUAGAGUUGAAUGUGAAGUGUUUAUAUAUCGUGCGAUAUAUCGGUACAUAAUCAUUCGAAAGAUGGAACGUACCAAAAGUGGAGUUAUUUAUGAAACCUAAGUAUAAUGAUUUUUAAACAAAAUUAUUGAAGUUAGUUUAGACGUAAACGAUUAGUUGAUAUCGAUCCCGUUUCCCCUCUCUAGUCUGUUAAUAAUUUUCAGGGGAGAGUCGCUCAUCGUUACUUCCGUAAUGGGAUUUUGAUCUCGAGUAUCUCUUUGUAAAGCUUUAAUGGAAUCUGCAAUUUUAAGUAUUCGUAUAUAUUACAAUUUUUAUUUAUAUUUAUCCACGUGAAUUGGAAAUUCGUAACACGUCAAAUUUCCUAUUCGACCCUUCGUAUUGUCUCAAUGUUGUGCAUUGGCAUUAUCAAGUGUAAUAUUAAACGAUAUCAAUAUAAAUUGCAUUCCCUCCGA